AUGCCGAGAGACGGCUGCAAAGAAUGCUCGCGCCGUCGUAUCAAGUGCGACAGAGGCACGCCUGAGUGUGCAAAAUGUCUGAAGAAGGGCAUCAAGUGUACAGGCAUUGGCCGUCAAAUCAGAUUUAUCGAAGGCGCAAUCUCAAAGGGGAAGCGCAAAGGACAAGUAAUUCCUAAUGUUCAGAAUUUCGCGACAAAGCUGAAUCAAUACCUGAGCGACGCAUCCGAAACGACACAAUCUUCUGAGGCACGAGCAGAAACAUCCGAGCAAGGCACCGAUGUCGAAUCGCCGGUAGAAAAUGAUGGCAGUGUUGAAGUUGAUAGUACGGAUGAUGAUGUCGAGGAAAUUGGGCUGGUUCUCCAACGGCCACAGACUUCUCGUCCGACAUGCGCAUCAACGAACGACAGUACCACUAUCUCAUUUCAUCUCGACCCAGGUGCUGAUAUGAUAUUGGAGCUGUUGAAGCCUGGUAUACAGAUGCUUUUCAAUCAUUUCUCACAAAAUAUUGCAUCAAUCAUGGUUGUGUUUGAUAGCGAAUCGAACGGCUAUCGCAACUUCUUGCUUCCACUGGCCUACCAAGAUGACCUCGUUCAGCGCGCAGUAUCUGUUGUUGCUGCCUUCCACCUAUCAUCAAAGCAACCCAAUCUUUUACCUCUCGCAGAGACUGGACGUGCCGAAAUCAUAAAGAGACUGCGUGCAGAUGCUUUUGUCAAAGAAAGUAACAAGGUCUUUAGCAUGUCCACUUGGGCUACAAUCAUUCUCCUCUUGGUGGGAGAAACUGUCACUGGCUCUCGAGACUUUGUUCACUUGUAUCCCAUGCUCACCAAUCUUCUGAGCCACAAUAGACUUCUAGAUGCAGAACCAUCAUCUGAACGAGGGUUUNUGCUUCAGCAGUCCCGGAUGUUCCAACUAUUCACUCCUCCUCUUCUCGACCUUUCUCAAGGAUGCAAAACGUUCGAGAAGGAUCUGGAUUUCUACUUCGAUUUCAUCUUUGCUCAAACAUAUUCAGAUGUUCCGAAGGUUUUGGAGAACACGAUGAUCUUCCGCCAGUCCAUCAAGCAAGCGCGGAAUAUAUAUAUGCGCCAAGCAUUAGACAACUACCAUCCCGGACAGCUCUACGACGAUAUCGAGCAGUUACGUCAUCUGGUAUUGCCCAUUCAUUCGGACAGCCCUUGUAUGCAUACACUACCCUGGGUCUAUUUCGUCGCUGGAGCUUCCAGCAAAGAUCAAGGUCAUAGAGACUUUUUCGCAGGCAGACUUACUCAAGUCUACGAGAGAACACGGAUGAACAGUAUCAUUGUGGCACUAGAACGUCUUAAACAGAUAUGGUUACUGCAGCCGAACGGAGAGUGGGCUCGAAAUCCUAGCUUGGUUGACCCAGUCCUGAUCAUUUGA